GGGCCCCUGGGGACAGAGCGGAGGACCAGUGGUUGGGGCGAGAAGAGGGCAGUCCCGCAGCGAGUCCCACGCGGGGUGGGAGGGAUCUAGGCCCCGCCCUCUCCUCGGCUCCGCCCUGCGCCCCCUUCCCUCUCCUCAUUGUCCUUAGACAAAGCGGUCGCCGCCCCCGCCCGGCCCCCUGGUCUCUGUCUCCAUCCCUCCUCCUUUGCUGCCUCUUUCCCUCCUCCUCUCCCUCCCUCCUCCCCUCCCUCCAGUCUCCGGAUCUCCCUCGGUCCCUCUCUCCUCCUCUUCCUCUCUCUGGACGCCCGGCUCCUCCGCACCCCCUCCCCCGGGGGUCCCGCGGCGUUGCUCCCUACCCUCACCUCAAGACGACCAUGGCCACCAUCCCAGACUGGAAGCUACAGCUGCUAGCCCGGCGCCGGCAGGAGGAGGCGUCCGUUCGAGGCCGGGAGAAAGCAGAACGGGAGCGCCUGUCCCAGAUGCCAGCCUGGAAACGAGGGCUCCUGGAGCGCCGCCGGGCCAAGCUUGGGCUGUCCCCUGGGGAGCCUAGCCCUGUGCUAGGGACUGUAGAGGCUGGACCUCCAGACCCGGAUGAGUCUGCGGUCCUUCUGGAGGCCAUCGGGCCAGUGCACCAGAACCGAUUCAUCCGGCAGGAGCGGCAGCAGCAGCAGCAGCAACAACAACGGAGUGAAGAGCUGCUAGCAGAGAGAAAGCCUGGGCCUCUGGAGGCCCGGGAGCGGAGACCCAGCCCUGGGGAGAUGCGGGAUCAGAGCCCCAAGGGAAGAGAGUCAAGAGAAGAGAGACUAAGUCCGAGGGAGACCAGAGAGAGGAGGCUGGGGAUAGGGGGAGCCCAAGAGUUGAGCCUGAGGCCUCUGGAGGCUCGGGACUGGAGGCAAAGCCCAGGAGAGGUGGGAGACAGGAGCUCCCGACUGUCAGAGGCAUGGAAAUGGAGGCUGAGUCCUGGAGAAACUCCAGAGCGGAGUCUGAGACUAGCAGAGUCUCGAGAGCAAAGCCCCAGGAGAAAAGAGGUGGAAAGUAGACUGAGCCCAGGGGAAUCUGCCUACCAGAAGUUGGGCCUGACAGAGGCCCAUAAAUGGAGACCUGACUCCAGAGAGUCUCAGGAACAGAGUUUGGUACAACUGGAGGCAACAGAGUGGAGGCUGAGGUCAGGAGAAGAAAGACAAGGCUACUCGGAAGAAUGUGGGAGAAAAGAAGAGUGGCCAGUUCCAGGGGUGGCUCCAAAAGAGACUGCAGAGCUGUCCGAGACCCUGACAAGGGAGGCCCAAGGCAACAGUUCCGCAGGAGUGGAGGCAGCAGAGCAGAGGCCUGUGGAAGAUGGCGAGAGGGGCAUGAAGCCAACAGAAGGGUGGAAAUGGACCCUGAACUCCGGGAAGGCUCGAGAAUGGACACCCAGGGACAUAGAGGCUCAAACUCAGAAACCAGAACCUCCAGAGUCAGCAGAGAAGCUUCUGGAAUCUCCCGGUGUGGAGGCUGGAGAAGGGGAGGCUGAGAAGGAGGAGGCGGGGGCUCAGGGCAGGCCUCUGAGAGCCCUGCAGAACUGCUGCUCUGUGCCCUCCCCCCUCCCACCAGAGGACGCUGGGACUGGAGGCCUGAGACAGCAGGAAGAGGAAGCAGUGGAACUCCAGCCCCCACCACCAGCCCCUCUGUCUCCCCCACCCCCAGCCCCAACUGCCCCCCAACCUCCUGGGGAUCCCCUCAUGAGCCGCCUGUUCUAUGGGGUGAAGGCAGGGCCAGGGGUGGGGGCCCCCCGCCGCAGUGGACACACCUUUACCGUCAACCCCCGGCGGUCUGUGCCCCCUGCGACCCCAGCCACCCCAACCUCUCCAGCCACAGUUGAUGCUGCAGUCCCGGGGGCUGGGAAGAAGCGGUACCCAACUGCCGAGGAGAUCUUGGUUCUGGGGGGCUACCUCCGUCUCAGCCGCAGCUGCCUUGCCAAGGGGUCCCCCGAAAGACACCACAAACAGCUUAAGAUCUCCUUCAGCGAGACAGCCCUGGAGACCACGUACCAAUACCCCUCCGAGAGUUCGGUACUGGAGGAGCUGGGCCCGGAGCCUGAGGUCCCCAGUGCCCCCAACCCCCCAGCAGCCCAACCCGACGACGAAGAGGAUGAGGAAGAGCUGCUGCUGCUGCAGCCAGAGCUCCAGGGCGGGCUGCGCACCAAGGCCCUGAUUGUGGAUGAGUCCUGCCGGCGGUGACCAUCUUCCAACAUAGGGAUAUACCUCCCUCCUUCUUAUAACUGAAGAUCCUGGAGCCCGGAAGAUUCAGGGCAGACAGACCCUGAUAAUGAGCCUGGCAGGGAAGGGCAACCAACAUCUUGUAACUUGCUUUCCCCACCCUGUUUCUGGGGGCAGAGCCAAUUGCCCAAUUUCUACCCUAAUCCAAAGUCCCUGGUGUGGGUGGGGUUAAACGUGCUGGUGCAUCCUAGGUCAUCCAAGAGUGAGCGCCAAGUCCUGAGAAGGGACACAGAACUCCCUGGAGGGUGGAGAUGGAGCACCUGCCCCCCAUGGCAGGGUACACUCUCCCCACAGCCUUCCUCCCCACCAUCCCGUGGGGACUCUCGGGAUUUAAGCACUCGUCUCUCUGGGAGGCCCAGACCCCACUCCAUUUAUAGGCACAUCUCCUUCAUUUCCUAGGUCACUGCCCCUUUGUUUACAGCUCCUGCCUCCUCCCUUGACCACAGCCUGGUUUACAAAUUCCAUCAGCUCCCAGCCCCACCUGCCAAAGUCCCAGGUUUACAAGCCACGCUUACUUGCUGUGUCUGCGUGGAAUUCUCUCCUCUGUCCCCUCCAGUCUCCUCAUUGGAGUGACCUGAAGGUGUGGCUUCCUCCACUUUUUCUCAGUAUUACUUUGCCUUAGUUUUCCCCAAGAGGGAAAGCUGGAAAUCUUAACUCUAUACCCCCUUGAUAGUUAUUUAAUUCUGUUUCUCCUAGUGGUUCACAAUUGAACUGAAUUGAGAUGGUGUCGGGUGGCUAAGGAGACACCUCACCUGUCCUUCCCCAUUGUGCCGCCUUUAUCAAUUGCCUGUUUUGUUUUGUUUGUUUUUUAACUUUCCAUAAUAAAAUGGAGUUCUCUUCAA